UCCGUUCUCCGUUUAUCCCGUUGAUUCGCUGCAUGUAAAACUGUGGACUAAGGGGCGCGAAAGUGGAAGUUGAAAGUCGAAGAAAAGAUUCUACAAAUAUCGCGAUUCUAAAUCGGAAAAAAAGUGUGUCCUUUCAAACGAGAGGCAAGUAGACUCUUGUGAGAGAGUCGAGAUUUCAAUUGAAGCGAGCUAUUAGCCGAUCAUAUAUGCGUUACGUUAGGAAAACGAGUAAAAUUAUUCAGUUGCAAUUUCGCACGUUCUUAUCGACUGGUAUUCGCGAUUAGAGCGUGAUUAGUCGUUAGCAUCUUCUCGUUUUGUAUAUACAUUUUCUCGAAAAUUGGGUGAUCCGUCCCACGUGUUGAAAGAAGCGAUUAAGAAAGAUAUCUGCGAAAAUGCGGCGGCAUCUCUUUGUCCUGUUUCUCUUCCUGUCGGCAUCAUCCGCGGAGCAGCGGCGCAGUGUUGAAAGCGAUAAGGAAAAAUGUCGAGAGGAGCAUCCUAUUUUGCUGCAUUAUUUCUCAUGGGCGGAUUACAUGGUGUUGGCCACGAUGCUGCUAGUCUCGUGUCUGAUUGGCACUUUCUACGGUUUCUUUGCCAAGAAACAGGAGACCAGUCAGGACUUUCUGCUCGGCGGCUCCAACAUGGGUACAUUUCCCACGGCUAUGUCGCUAGCCGCUAGCUUUAUCACGGCCAUCGAACUUCUAGGAAAUCCUGCGGAAAUGUACGGACAGGGUACUCAAUUCUGGAUGACUUGCCUCUCUUUCAUACUCGUGGUACCGAUCACCUCUAUUUUGUAUUUGCCAGUGUUUAUGAAAUUAAGGUUGACUUCGUGCUACGAAUAUUUGCAUCUUCGCUUCAACCAGCAUUGCCGAUUAUUCGCGAGCGCGCUAUAUAUGUUGCAAAUGGUAUUGUACACGUCAGUGGCUGUAUAUGCACCUGCAUUGGCAUUAAGUCACGUCACAGGCCUAAAUACUUAUAUAGCCGUAACUCUAGUCUACGUAGUCUGCAUUUUCUAUGCCUCGCAGGGUGGUAUGAAAGCUGUAAUAAUGACUGAUACUUUCCAAGCCGCUGUUCUUAUCGGCUCAUUGUUCCUUAUCUUGGGUUAUGGAUUGUCGUGGGCUGGUGGAAGUGCGCUCGUUUGGCAAGAUAAUGCAAAAUCUGGUAGAAUAGAAUUCUUCAACAUGGAUCCCAGUCCAACAGUUCGACACAGUUUCUGGAGCGUUGUCAUUGGAGGAACUUUUUACUGGACCACUAUGUUCUGCAGCAACCAAGCGUCCAUACAAAAAUAUCUCAGCGUCGAGAGCAUCUCGCAAGCAAGGAUAGCGCUCUGGGUAUCUUCGUUUGGCAUGAUUGUAAUUUAUAGUGUCAAUUUUCUGACUGGAAUGGUGCUGUACAGCACUUACAAAGACUGCGAUCCUUUGACCGCCGGAUAUAUAAGCGAUCAGGAUCAAAUAUUACCGUUGUACGUAAUAAAUAUUUUGGGAAGCCUUCGCGGAAUGCCUGGAUUUUUUGUCGCCGGUAUCUUCGCCGCAUCUCUCGGAACUGUUGCGAGCGCUCUGAAUUCUUUAGCAGCGAUUACCUGCGAGGAUAUCUUACGUGGACUCUUUCAGAUGGAUUUGCCAGCAAGUAAAGGCGCGGUUUACGCCAGAUGGAUCAGCAUAUUUUUCGGAGUUCUCAGCUUUGCAUUGAUCUUCGUCGUAGAACGACUAGGUAGCGUUCUACAGGUUGCACUGUCUUUCAAUGGUAUGGUAGGCGGAGUGACUUUGGGAUUAUUUUCCUUGGGCAUGUUUGUGCCAUGGGCUAAUGCUAAAGGAGCAAUAAUAGGUGCUAUCAUGAGUCUGGUAGCCGUGCUGUGGAUCGGAUUAGGCGCCCAAGUUGCAGUUGUAAAUGGACAGAUUAAAUUGGAUAGUAAGUUUACCUCGACUAAGGGCUGUCUUUGCAACGAGACAUUUACCCCUAGUCAAUCCGAAAGCAGCGAUGAGAUUUCGUCUAUAUACAAGACUAGUUACCUAUGGUAUAGCGCGAUCGGCUGCAUAUUGACCAUGAUAGUGGGUGUGGCAGCGAGUUUUGCGACGGGCGCACAGAAUCCCACCGACGUGGAUCAGGACUACCUGAGUCCGCCGAUCGCAGCCAUGUUCCGUUUGCAGACGAAGCCUCACGUUACUGGGAAUGUCCAGGGUAUCACCAAUUUCGGCCUCGAGCUGGCGGACGAGAUACAGCGACAAGCACCCGAAACGAGAUGAAGAACGCAAAGCGGUAACCGGGAUCAUGCAAUAGAUCGCAUCGGAUUGCGAAAUAGAUGUCAAUAGUACGAGAAUCAAUAGUCGAGGUUUAAUUUAGCGAGCAUCAAAUUCCAUGACAGGGUAUUCAUUCCUUAACAUUUAGAGAACAUAUAAAAAGCGCUUGAUCCUUUUUCUUUUUUCAGAAUAGAUUCGUUCUGAGAUGGCAUAAAAGUUUGACAGAUGUUGUAAAGAUGUUUAAGAAGAACUAUUUUCUAAUUGUUCCAAACUGUUUUUCAGAUUUGUGGAUUGUCUGAGUUUGGAUAAAAAAAAAACUGCUCUUUAUAAUUUGCCAAUAUUAGUUUUGAGGGAAAAAUCAGAUUUCCUAUAAUUAUUAUACAAGGAAUACUUUUUUAAUCGCGGUAUUGUUGGAAUAUAAUUCGGAUUUCUGCAAUAUAAACAAUUAAUUGAAUUAAUUCUAAUUAAUUAAUUCUUUAUGACAAAAUUGCAAGAAGUUUUAUUUUUUAUUUCAUCUUCUAUUUUUUACUUUAUAUUACUAUCACUAAAAUCAAAGUCACUUACUUAAUGAAAUAAUAGAAACUGCAAAUAUGGAUAAAAGAGUUAAGAAGAGAUAGAUUUAGAGAAUAAUUAGUAACCAUAUAAAUGCAAUUAAUGAGAAAGAAUAUAAUCGAUAAUUAAAAAAUUAUUAAUUUUUUUAAACACCUGAAAAUUAUCUAUUUUGUGACAGACCAAUUAUUAUAUAACUUAUAUUUUAAGAAAGACAGAAAGAGUAAUUUAUGGCUAAAUAAUAAGAGAUUGCAAUACAAACUUUACAGCAAUUUUUUUAGCGUUCUGUGUUGUGGAUAAAAUGGUUGUAUUAAUGUAUGUUCAAAGCUAAAGAAUUUUUGUUGAUUUGCGUACCUCGUGCUUAUGUUGAGGAUGGCGUAAAAAAUGAAAAUUCAAAGUUUUAUUAAAAUCAAAUGUAUUGUGUAAAUUUUUAUUCAUGUCUUAUUUGAAUUCAUCAGAAUCUGUCUUGUAUCAUUUCGUGAUAAAUAAUUUCUCUUUAUAUUUUUUAUUUAUUUAUUAGAAGAGAGAUUGAAAAUAUGUGUAAGAAAAAUAAAUAAUUUAAAUAACAAA